AUGUCACAUCUAAGGAAACAUCACCAAAAAGAAAGAGCAGGUUCACCUCUCAAGAAUGAAAUAACAUCCUCAUCAUCCUUACAAUCAAAUCCUCCCACUAUAAAAUCAACAAGAAAAAUAUCUAAAAAGGAACCACAACAUAUAUUCCGUCGUCAUAUUAGUGAAUCUUCAUGGACUUUAUGGAAUUGGUAUCGACAUCUUUAUUGGGUUGGUGUGCUAACAACAGUUUUAAUUCCAUUAACUGGUUUAUAUUUUGCAUUCAAAAUUGAAAUACAUCCAUAUACAAUUUAUUGGUCAUUUUUUUAUUAUUGUUUAAGUUCAACUUGUGUUAUUGCUGGAUAUCAUAGAUUAUGGGCUCAUAGAUCAUUUAUUGCUUCUUAUCCAAUACAAUUUUUUUAUGCAUUUUUCGGGGCAAGUGCAGGUAUUGGUUCUAUAAAAUGGUGGGCAAGUUCUCAUAGAGCUCAUCAUAGAUAUAGUGAUACUGAAAAAGAUCCUCAUACUAUUAGAAAAGGUUUUGUUUAUAGUCAUAUUGGCUGGAUGACUUUAAGACCUCAUCCAAAAGUUAAAAAUUCAAUGAAAGAAUGUCUUGGUGAUGAUUUAAUUGAUAAUACUCUAAUUGAUUGGCAAGAAAAAAAUUAUAAUGAAUUAUUAAUUUUAACUGGCUUAAUGAUUCCAAGUUUUAUUUCUGGGAUUUUUUGGAAUGAUUAUGUUGGUGGAUUAAUCUUUGCUGGUAUUAUUAGAGGUGCCCUCGUGCAACAUACUACAUUUACUGUUAAUUCAUUAGGUCAUUUAAUUGGAACUCAACCUUUUGAUGAUAAGAAAUCUUCAAGAAAUAAUUGGUUUUUAUCUUGGUUAACAUUUGGUGAAGGUAAUAAUAAUUUCCAUUAUGAAUUUAGUGCGGAUUUCCGUAAUGGAAUUCAUUGGUAUGAUUUUGAUCCUGUUAAAUUCCAUUUGAUCAUAUUAGAAAAAUUUAAAUUAGUUAAAAAUCUUUAUAGAGCUUCAAAUUCUUCAAUUAAUCAAUGUUUAUUACAACAUCAACAAAAAUUAAUUGAUAAAAGAAGAGCUAAAUUAAAUUGGGGUGUUCCAAUUGAUCAAUUACCAAUAAUUUCUCCAGAAGAAUUUAGAAAAUGGGCUAAAGAUGAAUCACAUAAUCGUGCUUUAAUAGCCGUGGCGGGGAUAGUUCAUGAUGUUACACCAUUUGUUGAUGAUCAUCCAGGUGGUAUUGCACUAAUAAAGACAUCAAUAGGUAAAGACGCAACAAGUGCUUUUAAUGGUGCAGUUUAUGAUCAUUCUACAGCUGCUCAUAACUUGUUAGCAACAAUGAGAAUUGCGGUGUUAAGUGGUGGUACUGAAGAGAUUGUUUGGAAACAACAACAACAAGAAAAUAAAGAUGUUCCAUUGAAACAAGAUUCAACAGGUCAAAAAAUUGUUAGAGGUGGUGAACAAGCUACUAUAAUUAAAAAACCUUUAAGAACUGCAGGUGCGGCAUAG